CACACCUUCAUUCUCUUUCUCUCUCUGUUUCUCUCUCAUCGCCACAAUGAGGAGGUGCGCGGCUCUGCUCCGGCGAUCGUGGACCUCGAGUGGCCGCACGGGAGCCGGUGGCCUCUCUCCACGGCCCCAGUUCCCCCUCCCUCUCCCGGGUCAUGCCGACGCCGCAUGCAGAGCCGUCGCUCCCAAGGCCGCCGCCGCCGCCGCCUUCGCCGCGCUCUCUCUUCCCCGGACCUUCUCCUCCGCUUCGUCUCCUUCUCCGGGUUCGUCGAAGAUGCACCUUAUCAAGUCAGAAGAGCAGUUUGAUGGCGUACUUGCCAAGAUCCGAGAUGAGUCUUCGCCAGCAAUUUUGUACUUCACUGCGGCAUGGUGUGGUCCUUGCAGACUCAUGUCCCCUGCCAUUGAAGCAUUGAAUGAGAAGUACCCUCACGUGACUACGUAUAAAAUUGACAUUGAUCAGGAGGGCAUUCAAGACAAAUUGAUGGAGCUGAGGAUAGACUCUGUGCCGAGACUUCAUUUCUUCAGCAAGGGACAAAAGGUAGAUGAAAUCGUGGGGGCAGACAUCGAAAGUUUGGAGCAUACAAUGGAUAGGCUAUAUAAGUGAUUCUCUUAUGGCCUUUGUGCCAUACGGAUUUGUUUGUGCAUAUGAGCCGAUAUAACUGCUCCUACCUAUGAGCCUUAGUGGCUGCCGACCCUGCAUAGGAGGGCAUUACCUUGUGCAGAGUUUGUCAGGUGAUGGCCAUAUAUUUCUGUCUGUGUUGGUCCUGAGACUUUUCGGACUUCUUGUUGUCAUGUUUUCUGUUGGUCAGGGGUAGGAAGUGUGAUUUAACACAUGUUUUCUCUUUGAAAGCCUCCAAUCAAAUAUUUGGAACUA